UAACUAGUGGUCUCCCUUGUUCUGAACCGUACUUUCAUUUACCGCUUCCUGUCCAGAAGGUAGCCAGAGCCUGAGCAUGGAAAAAGAGAGAGAGAAGGGAGGUAGGUGGGACAAAAGGGGAAAGUGGGCACCUCAGCCCCAGCCUGGAGGGUCAGGAUUAGGACAGCGGCACCCACCACCUGAUGACAUUUUUCUCCCUCCUAGCCCAGCGCCUUCGACCAGAGACUGUGGAUUCAGACUCUCCCAUCUUCCUCCCUCACUCCCCCAACUCUGUGCCUCCCCUCCCCCGAUGUGGCUGUUGGAGAAAGCUGGCUACAAGGGAGAGAGCGUAGAGCCUGGGACACCAUGGAGGCCCCACAUCUUAUUCCCCAGGAGAAAGCCCCCUGGGACUUCUACUUGCCCCAAUGUCCUAACCCCAGACCGAAUACCCCAGUUUUUUAUUCCCCCCAGGCUCCCAGACAUGGGGGGCCCUGAACCCGGGACAGAGAGAGAAACGGGCUGGACUAGGGGACAAGAACUUCAAGGAGCCUGCUCCCUGCCUCAUCUGGCUGGACGGGAAGGCUGGGCCUUUCUUCUGGAGAGUCCCCACACCCGGCGCCGAGAGUCCCUUUUCCACGCGGCCCCAGUGACCUCUGCCUCAGAGAAGCGCCCACCCAAGCCGCGACUGCACCUCUCAUCCCCGGACCUGCGCCUCUGCUUGGCCCUGGAGAGUGAUGUGGCCUCCUCGCCUGACUCUUCACCCUUCAGCUCACCCCAACCGGGCCCUGCCCGACCCCACCUCAGCUCCCCCAAACUGCAUCUCUCCAGACCGGGCUUCCUAUCCCCUGAGGAGGAGAACUCAGCCUAUGCCAGUCCCCAUGCUACCCACCACUUAGGUCCCCCAACACCACCCCUCUUCCACCUGGAUUUUCUGUGCUGUCAGUUACAGGUGACUAAAGAGAGUGUAGUGAGCCUGGGACCCCGGGGUGGGCAGCUGAGGUUGUCCACUGAAUACCAGGCAGACUUGGGUCGGCUGCGGCUACGGCUCAUCAGUGCUGAAGGGCUGCCCAGGGGCCGAGUAGGACCCAAAGGAAGCAGUGGCUGUUGCAUCAUAUUUCGGCUGAGGCCAGGGAGUUGGCCACAGGGACGGAGCAGGGUGGUAAAGUGUUGUUCCAACCCCAUCUUCAAUGAGGACUUCUUCUUUGAGGGACUUAAGCCCUCUGACCUGGCCACCCACAGUCUGAAGGCCAAGGUGCUGGACAAGGGAGCUGGCCUGCGGAGGGAUGUGCUGCUGGGAGAAUGUGAGGCUCCCCUUGUCAACCUCCUCCCCCACUAGGAGGUAGGGUGGUGUGAGAGAAGGCCCUGUUCCCAGAUUCAGGCAAGAACAUGGGAAAUAGGUCCUCUUUGGGGGUCCCAAGAGUAGAAGGGCCUCCCUGGUGCUUCGCUUCCUCUCCAUCCUCAUGACCUUACUGGACGUUGGUCUUUCCCCAGACCUGCCUCAAGGGUGUCCUCAGCCUGCCCUUAAUCCACCCAUCUUUUCAUUUUGUCACGAAAUCUAUUUAUUUUUGUUAAUAAAAUGUUGGUUAAACCCUCA